UCACCUUCAUCGAUCUGACCUAUUUCACGCGGCCAUUUGAGAAAUCGCAUGUGAUCACUUGGUACGCAGAUUUAGGUGCGGUCUUCGAUUUAUUUUUAGCAAAAAGAACAUCAGACUUGAAUGAUGGAAGCCAACAACAGAUCUCGAGUGGCUGUGGUGACUGGAGCCAACAAAGGAAUUGGCUACGCAGCUGUGAUGGAACUGUGUGCCAAAUUUGAUGGGACUGUUUACUUGACAUCCCGCGAUGAAACACGGGGACGAAAAGCCAUGGAAGACCUUGAGAAAAUGGGACUGCGUCCGGCUUAUCAUCAAUUAGACAUUGAUGACGAAUCGAGCGUCUUGAAAUUUCGUGAUUUCCUCGUGCAAACUCACGGCGGAUUGGAUGUUUUAAUCAACAACGCUGCCAUUAUCUUUCCGAUGAUGACACCUGCCGAAUCGUUUGUCGAAUCGAUUCGAAAGACGAUCGACACUAAUUUCUAUCACACGAUGAGAGCGUGUAAGAUCCUGUUUCCUAUCCUUCGACCGCACGCAAGAGUCGUUCAUUUGACAAGUGACGACGGCCAUUUGCUGAAAAUAUCCGGCCGCGAGCCGGAAGCUUCCGUUUUGAGGAGCAAAUUCUCUGCUCCUGAUUUGACUGAACAAGAACUGUGUCAAUUAAUGGAAGACUUUGUCGAGGCGGCUAAAAAUGGCGAUUACUUUGAACGAGGAUGGCCAAACAGCGUUGGCGAAAGAGAAGACACUUGGCCUAACGAAGGCUAUAUUGUUUCUAAAGUGGGUAUCAGCGCAUUGACACGAAUUCAUCAACGCCAAUUCGAUCAAGACCCGCGUGAAGAUCUGGCUGUCAAUUGCGUUCAUCCCGGUUACGUCGUAACAGAUGCGACGUUCCAAAAAGGAGAGAAAACGAUCCAAGAAGGAGCGGAAGCGGCGUGUUGGUUGGCGAUGCUUCCGCCAUCUUCGCCGGAAAAUGUUAUUCCAAAAGGGGCGUACGUUUGGCACGAUAAGCAACUCGUUGAUUGGGUCAAUGGACCUACCCCAUCAGUUUAUUAAUAUUCAUUAAUAUGUAGGUAACGACUUUCAUCGUUUAGUUUCUGUGUUUUUGCAAAAUUUGUCUGUCUAACUUUUACAGUUCCAUCUUCCCGGAUUGUUCGUUUAG